GGCGCCGCCGGUGAGGACCGUGGAUCUCCAAGCGCUUUGGGGGAGCUGCUGUCCUCCAGCUCUGGAGUCCCGUCGCGAGAUGGCCAGGACCUGCUCCGCCCAGUCGCUGCCUCGGCGGGAGUGGAAGGGGAAACCGGGUCACGGCGCCUCCCAAACCAGCCGCCCCGGAUAGCUCCACCCGCCCCUCCUGGACGUAGGUCGCCGGGCCCUCUCCUCCUCCUCCCCCGCUUCCUAUUCUGACUGCGGCGGGCGCUCCUUCCUCGGCGCCGGGGGGCAGAUCGCGCACUUUCCGCCUCCGUCAGGGAUGGAGGGAGCGGCUCCGGCCCCGGCCCUCCGAGGGACCCAGGCGUCCUGAUCCCCGGGGCCUCGGACGCGGGUGAGACACGAGCUCCCGGGCCGAUUCCUCGCGGGGCUGAGGUCUGCCAGGAAGAGGCGGGCGGGGCGAGGAGGGGCAGGGCGGCCUGGGUCCGCCUCCUUAAAAGGCUCGGUCCCAAGGAGUCGGUGAUCUCGGGACCAAGGCGCCCGAAGCAUCCUCGGAAGCCCAAGGGGGGAAGCAGCCGGAGCCCAGAACUCCCCCCGGAGGAGUCCCUCAGCAGGUCUUGCCAUGGGACACUCUUCAGGCUCCUGCUCCCACCCCUGGAAAUGCUGGCCCUUCUUCCCAUUGCUCCUGACGGUCUGUACAGGUUCUUUCAUGGCCGAGGACUCCAGGGUGCUGGGGGCAGAGCCCUGUAACCCUCAUUCCCAGCCCUGGCAAGCAGGCUUGUUCCAGGGUGUAAAGCUCCUCUGUGGGGGGGUCCUGGUGGCCCCUCAGUGGAUACUCACAGCGGCCCACUGUCAGAAACCGAGGUACACAGUUCGCCUGGGAGACCAUAGCCUGCAGAACCCAGAAGGAUCCGAGCAAGAGGUCAAGGUAGUUCGAUCAAUCCCACAUCCUUGUCACAACUCAUCCAAAAGCAACAACCACGACUUGAUGCUGCUCAAACUUCAGAAACCAAUCAAAGUGAAUGACAAUGUGAAACCCAUUGGACUUCCCUCCCACUGCCCUCAGCCUGACCAGAAAUGCACGGUGUCGGGUUGGGGUACCACCACCAGCCCUCGAGAAACCUUUCCUGACAUCCUACACUGUGCAGAUGUGUACAUCUGGUCCCAGAGGCGAUGUGAGAAGGCGUACCCAGAGAAGAUUUCAGAUGGCAUGGUGUGUGCAGGAAGCAACACCGGUGCGGACACCUGUCAGGGUGACUCAGGGGGCCCGCUGGUGUGCGAGGGAGUCCUCCAGGGCAUCACAUCUUGGGGCGCAGACCCCUGUGGGAGACAGGAUAAGCCCGGCGUCUACUCCAGUGUCUGCCGCUAUACGCAGUGGAUUAAGAAGUUCAUCAACGCUAACUGAGCCCGCGGCGGGGGUGGGGCGGGAGGGAGGCGGGGAUGGAAGGGGGAUCCUUCUCCCUCAAUAAACGAACAGCCCCGGCCCGCGCUCCCCCUAGACCUGCCUGCCCAGCGUCUGGUCCACGGAGACGAGCUGGACAGAGGCCGAGCUCUGGGACUCUC